GAGUUCCUCUUCGGUCAUUAGUCAGACUUCAAGUAUCUUCAUUCGUUCAUCUCGAGGAAUAAUUUGAAACUCAACCAAAAUGAUGAAGAUUUACUUCCUUUUCGCUCUUUGUUUGGUAGCCAUUGCCGCUAUCACGGCUGCACCAGUGGAAGAUGAAUAUGAGCCCCUUGAAACGGUAGUUGCCGAAGAACGUGCCAACCGACAAAGAAGAGUGACCUGCGAUCUUCUGUCCUUCAAGGGAAUUGCAGAGCAUUCUGCUUGCGCUGCGAAUUGUCUUAGCAUGGGUAAAGCCGGAGGACGUUGCGAGAACGGUGUCUGCCUUUGCCGCAAAACUAGUUUCAAAGAUCUUUGGGACAAACGCUUCGGUUAAAUUCAACUCUUUAAUUGAAACAAUGGCCAUAAUUAAUUAUAUAAGAUGACGUAGGCAAUGUUAAUCAUUGAAUACUCAAGAAAUGACUUCAUAUUUUGGAAUGCACAUGGAAUGUAAUAUUAAAGUUAAAUAAGUUACUAAA